CGUCUCGAUGCCAACAACUCUCGUCGACUCCCAAUCUUCCAGUUACAAUCUUGGCACCCUCGGGAGUAGUAAAAUCGGGAUCGUUUUCUAUUAUUACAACUUGGGCAGGCAUAUCGCAUCUGCCUCAAAUGCAUGCGAGUAGAGUCGCGGUACUGCAAGAGAGACAGGCCGAACGACAGACAGACAGGCGUUGGUGAUCGUGAGAUGCAGCAUUAGAUGAUUGAGGUCGUCCUCCCAGACUGCUAGACGCCGGCUUUGUCUCCCGAUGUAAAGAUUCGAGCUUGUUGUAAUCGCGUUUUGAGAGGCGUGUGCGCGAAGUGAACGCGACAAAAUGGACGUUUUGAACUAUAGGAGUAAUUUGCUAGGGGGAAGGAGGUAUUCCAAGAUGAUUGUUUUCUUCCUUGACGAGGACAUGGACAAGUUGGAAUCGUACAACGAGGUUACAAGGAAAACUGUGUUGAGAAAAGAGAUGUUAGUAUUUCAGUCUGGACUGAAAAUAAAAUUCAUGUUACCAGCGACGUUUACAUACACUUUCAGCAUGCAUCACUAG